GAAGAAUAGAAGGAGUAGGCUACAGUCACAGCCCUGGUCUGAUGUUCUGUGCCAUUUCGCAGCAGCAGGGGUCCUGAGAUAGGCUUCUGAAAUGCCUCUCUUCCGACAGUUGGGUGAGUCAAAGAGAGAAAAUGAAAAACGACAGGUGAAGACGGAAAAAAGCAAAUUGAGGGGCAAAGACCCCGAUGCUACUUUGACCAGCUUGUGCCUUGUGAAUAUUGUGAAAAAUAUGAACAAUGUCUGGGCCCAGGACUAUGCCCAGAACUACAUGGACCAGUACUUCUUCAGAUACAUCAUGGGCCCAUUCAACCCGCUACCUUCGGAGCUGGUGGAGGAGCUGCUGUCUGUGUUGUCCUCGCGGCGCCUGAUGACCCGGGCGGCCCUGCACCUCCUGCUGCUGCCCCAGCUGCGUCACCUCUCCCUGGGCCGCUGCCCUGGCCUCGUCACCGCUAACCUGUGCGGCAUCAUCGGGGCCCGCUGCCAGGGUCUGAUGUCUCUGGACCUCAGCGGUGCGGCCAGCGUCCCGUCCCCAGUCCUGAGUGACCUCCUGGGCCGCCUCCGCAGCCUGCGCUCCCUGGGCCUGGCCGGGACCUUGUCUGACGCCCGGGUGACCGAGGCCUUGCCCGCCCGCUGCCCCUCGCUCCGUCACCUGGACGUCAGCCGCUGCCACCACCUGAGCCCGGCGGGCCUGCUUCACCUGUCCCCGCGUCACCCCGCCACUAGCCCCGGUGGCCCUGGUGGUGGUGGCCUGCCUCACCUCCGCAGCCUCCUGGCACUGGAUGUCGGGUUCGGGGAGGAAGAGGAGGACAGGCAGGGUGCCGCGGCCUUCCUGCUGCUCAGCCUGCCCUGGCUGGAGAGGGUGGCCCUGGAGGGGCUGGGGGAGGCCUGUGCCCUCCUCACCGAUGGAGGCGGAGGCCUCCAGGAGGUGGAGGGUUUCAGCAGGCGUGCGGGCAUACCGGACCUGAAGGAGCUGUGGGCGGAGAGAGUCCGUGGGGAGGACUGCGGAGGUGCGAACGGUGUCACAACAACACCACCAGCAGCAGGCACAGGUGGACAGCAGGGGGAAGGAGAAGAGGAGAGCUCUUUUCUUCUGUCUGCAGCACAGGGAAACGAUUGCUCUCGGACUCGGGAGAGUGAUGACGAGGCUGCCGCUGAAUACGAGGACGAAGAUGAGGAUGAGGAAGAGGGAGAGGUUAAGCGUAGAGAAAGACCUGGGCACGUUUUCAGCAAUGCAGUGACGAUGGAAAGGACACGUGACAAAGAGGCAGCGUCACCAGAAAACAAAGAGGCACGGGAACGGCAUGAAAGCACUUGGCAGAGCCCUCUCCUAACGCUCCCCCUGAGGCAGGUCCAGGGGGUGUCCUUCACCACAGUGGGAGCUCUAGCCCAGCUCUGCCCCAGCGUGUGUGCUCUGACGCUGGACUGCGACCCAGAUGGGGAGCCGGAGGCGGUCUCGGGGGCCCGCGUGGCCAAAGCGUUGUCCCGAUGGUCCUCCAGUCUGAGGAGCCUCACGCUGAGGUUCCCGGGGGGGGCUCUGUCGGAGAUGGCGCGGGCCGUGGAGCCCGUGGGCGCGUCCCUGGUGUCUCUGACUGUGGAAGGGGUGCGGGCAGACGGGGUGGACCCUCUGCUGACUCUGCUCCGCUCCUGCCCCCAACUCACAACGCUGACCAUUCACAUGGAGCCUCCCAGCAUGCACUACGACCAGGAGGAGGAGGAGGAAGAGGAGGGAGAGGGAGAGAGACAGCAGGACCUUCAGGCUUUACCCUGUCUUCCUCGCCUGUCGUGUUUAGAUAUGAGCUUUUCUUUCGACCCACGCCAAAAGAAAACUGUGAUGUCGUGGAGAUCCCUUAAGGUGGCACUGUUGGCUUUGCUAAGGGGCUCCCCUCUGCUAGAGACAGUUACCCUGGUGGCCGUGCCCUGUCCCCUGGACCCGCUCUUCCUCUCGGUGCUGGACCAUGCCCUCUCCUCACGGAACCCCGCCCUCCGACACCUCAAGCACUUGAAUCUCGCACACUCCGACGUCUCUAUGGCAACCCUGUCGCGACUGGACGUCGUGGGCAACGGUUUGUCCACGCUGGACCUCAGCGGUUGCUGGGCCGUGACGCGUCAUGAUGUCAGCCGGUUGCAGAGGGCAGGUAAAGGGAGACGGCAGACGCUGAAUGUCACUUGGAUGUGAUGUGGGAGGGCACAAUGCUGAGACCCGGUUUGCACGUAUAUGGAUAUCAUUUGUAAACAUUUAUGCAACUCCCGUUGUCAUUUGUAAACUCCCAACUCCCAUUGUCAUUGUGACACAGCAAUCCACGGCACACAAGUGUUCACUGCACACAACGAAAUUGCAUUCAUGCCUCACCCGUGCUAAGGGGCAGCCUCCAAUGGCGCCCAAAGGGAGCAGUGCCGCGGGACGGUACCAUGCUCAGGGUCACUGAGCCGUGGAGGAGGACGGGAGAGAGCACUGAUUAAUUACUCCCCCCACCAACCUGGCGGGUUGGGAGUCGAACCGGCACCCUUUAGGCUAGAUGUCUGACGCCCUAACCACCCUAACUGUUUACCCACUAUUUAAUUCAUUAAUUCAUUCCUUUUUUUCACCGGUAAACAGACUUUUAGCUCCCUUGACUGGAGAUUUCUAAAAUACACCUCUCAAUGGUGAUUUUUUUUGUCCACAUGCCAUGUAAACAGAAUCAAAACAUGAUACAUUUUAUGAUAUCUAUGCAGAUAUUUUUUUAAAUGGUUAAUAUAAUAUAUUACCUAUUUUUAAGAAUACUGCAUACAUGUAACCAACCAAGGCCUAAGUGCAACUUAUUCCAACAGUGCCUGUUUACUGUAUGUACUGUACUGCACACGUAUGCACCUUGAUAUGACUUCAUAAGAAGAUACACUAAUGUGUAAUGGUGUUUAAUGUCCACAUAGAACUUCUAGUACACAUUUUGAACAGUAGAUGUCAGAAUUAUGUUGUCCUAGCACUUCAAGCAGCCUAUUCAGCUGCCUUUCAGAUGCAAUUUGCAUGUCUGAAUUAUAUCCUCACACUUCAAGGCCGAGAUGUUUUUUUUAUGACAAAGUGCAUACUACCGUAUUUAAACUACACAUUCAGUGUAGUUAAAGGACCACUUCAGCCAUUUUCAAUAUGCUGUUGUAUUGCUCACACUACACUUGAAUGCUGCAUUUUUCAGCUCAGCCCUUUCCGAGAUCUGAGCUAUUCUAAUGGGGGCAGCUUUUAUUUACAUUUUUUUAAUUCUUAACAUAGGCCUACCCCAAAUAUUUUCCCAAAAGGCUAAUUUGCUAGUUGUCUGCAUAACCUCUUGGAUGUUUUUGGGAGUAAAUCAAGAUGUUUUUUGAAAUGUAAACAAACAGCUGCCCCCAUUACAAUGACCAGGAUCUCGGAAAAGGCUGGAGAAAAAGAAAAAAAAUCUCACGUACUGACAAGUUCAAGGUAGUGUGAGCAUUAUAACUGCGUGUUGGAAUUGACUGAAGUUAUCCUUUAAGGCCUGUCUGGGUGGUAAGUAACUGCACUGGAAGUUACACUUUAGUGACUAUUUCAAAAGCAUUUCAGAAUGGAAGCUGGAAAGAGAGCUUUGUUUUUCAUUGAUUGUUCAAUGUUUGAUGGUGUAUUUUUUUAAUCAUUGGCUAUAAUAUACUUAACAUGUUUGGCUAUAUUAUUUAAAUUCAGUCAGUACCAUGUAGUGAAAAUCCUGCUCCAUGGCAAAAAAAAUGUAACGAAUCAAUUUUUAACUCAAGGAAAGCUUUUCAGUUUCCUGUUUACAGACCAGGAGGCUGUCCCCUGAGUACUUUGAAAAAGGUAAUGGCAACAAAAUAAAAACAACAACAACAACCAAUUUUUAGAGUAUUGCUGGGCAUUUAUGGCAUUUAUUGCAUUUAUUGCAACGUUUUUGAAAUGCUUUAACACAAGAAUUCAUGAAUUUGAAUUCAGGCAAUCAUGCAAAUACAUACAGCACAUUUCUGAAAGUAUACGCUACCUCUCUUGACCAAAUUCACACUAAUCAAAACCAAUACUCAAAGUCGAUUGAAAGACUAGCACUUCUGCAUUUGACUACAUCCUUGUUCUUGUCGAUGAUAUGAGGACACAUUCCCAACAAUUUCUCUUGAGUGAUAUUCAAUUCAUGCAAAUGAUACACAUAGAGCGUAAACAUGCUUCCAAUUCUUGGGUUUGCGCAUCCGAUCAUGCUGUUCGCCCAGAUGGGGUUGGAAUUCCCUUCGACAACAACGGUCUUGCCACAAUCCCUCCCUCCAAGGGUUACUUUGACAAAAGCAUUAAGGGGGUAGCCUUUGUAGCUGAGGUUGUAGGCGCGGAGUCCUGACACGAAAGCACUUCUGGCCUCGCAUAGUGGGGACGGGGCCAGUAGGCCCAGGGCCAGCAGGAAGAUGGCAGCUUUCACAGCAGACAUGACGUUUGUGUCCACAACCUGGAAGAAACG